AUGCGUCUCCCCUCAACGACACAGCUCUUUCUCCUGUUCGGGCCAGCGCUUAUUCCGCUUGUCUCAGCCGAGUCCAAGACCAGCAGCACCAGCGAACCCGUGCCGGCAUGCACCGCUAGCGGGGGUUCUGCCGCGAUAGGUGGCUUCUUCGAUCUCCGGCCAGACAUUGCGGUACCCCCCGAUGACGAAGGCAAAUCGAGAAAGAGGGUGGUGACGAGCGAUUACCAUGCGAACGGGUACGACUACAACUACAACUUCACGUUAAAUAUUUGCGCGCCGGUGGUGAAGCCCGUGAAAGAUGUGGUUGGAGUGGAAAAGGCGUUGUGGCAGAACGUGAGCGCAUACUACACGUCCGAAGACGGAGAUAUUUUUUCUAUAGGGCAGGAGUCUAUGAAACUACAGACGAGAGGGCGGAAGCUCGUACUCCAAUACAGCGGCGGAUCGCCGUGCGACAAAAAGUCGAAGACCAAGCGAACGGCUAGCUCCGUCCACGAGGGAGCGACAUAUAGAUACGAGGACUACACUGAUGAGGAAGAAGUGGACCUCGAUGGCCCCGUAACGCCUACUCGAACGAAGGACGACGACAAGGGUGAUGACGAAGACGACGAGAAGGAAGAUAAGUCAAAGAAGGGUGAUAAGAGGCGGAAGUCGACGACGAUUUCGUUCCUCUGCGACCACGAUCCGCUGGCAACCCAUGCAGCCGUUCAUUUCGUUGGAUCUGACCCUGACGAAUGCGCUUACUUCUUUGAGGUGCGGUCCCAGCAUGCCUGCAUCGCCGCAGAGCCCCACCAUCCGGGAACGAUUGGUCCGGGUGGGGUAUUCGCACUCAUAUUUGGCAUCGCGCUCGUGGUGUAUUUUGCCGGUGGCAUCGUGUACCAGAGGACCGUUGCGCAUGCACGUGGGUGGAGGCAGCUUCCCAACCACAAUAUCUGGCAGGGCAUUUGGAACUUUAUAUCGGACUUUGUCAUCAUUGGCGUGUCUUCUUGUGCCAGGCUCCUUCCCGGUCGCGGAGGUGGAUAUAGGCCCCUUUCGAGAUCUCCCACGAAUUGGCGAAACAGGGACGAUGAGAAUAGGCUCAUCGACCAGCUUGACGAGGAGUGGGAUGAUUAG